AGGCAGUACGAUAUAAGAAAUCGAGAUUCAAACUAGUAGCAGCAAAAAUGGAAAAAGUCCACGAAUAUUACCAAUUCAUAUUGCCAUUGGUAAUUGAAGCUGGAAAAGUGAUGAAAAAUGUUGUAGAAGUUAAAACCGAAUUGAAAAACAACGAUUAUGGAGACAUUGUCACCCAGUACGACAGGCAAAUCGAAGAAGUACUUAUCAGAAAAAUCAAAGACCGAUAUCCUACACAUUGCCAUAUAGCUGAAGAAGAAAUGUCCACUAAAGACGAAAAACCAAAUUUAACCGACGAACCAACUUGGAUCAUCGAUCCUAUAGACGGUACUGCCAACUUUGCCAGAGGGAUUGCCUUUACUUGCGUUUCCGUUGGAUUGACAAUCAACAAAGAACAAGUACUGGGAGUAGUACUGAAUCCUUAUUUGGACGAACUGUUCACUGCAAUUAAGGGCGAAGGAGCCUUUUUGAAUGGUACAAGAAUAUUUACUAGUGGAUGCAAAGAUAUAAACACAUCGACAAUGAACUAUGAAAUCACGAUAGCAAGAAAUGAAAAAUACUACGACUUGUACAUGUACCGGUUCAAGCAUUUGAUCAAAACCGUAGCGGGGAUCUUGGCUAUGGGCAGCGCAGUCAUGGGGCUUUGCUACGUAGCUUGUGGGAAAACGGACGCGUACCAGUGCGACGGGUUGUACCCUUGGGACGCUGCCGCUGGUACUUUGAUAGUUCGAGAAGCUGGUGGGUUUGUUUCGGAUUCUUCUGGCGAAGAGUUCGAUUUGAUGAAUCCGAAUUUUCUGGCUACCGCUUCUGAGGAGCUUUGUCAGCAGUAUUUGGAAGUCGAAGGCAAUGCUGAUGAGGAAAGGGAACAAUGUUUGAGGGAAGGGAAGGAGUAUAUGCCUUAAUUUGUGAUUUGUAGAUUAGAAAAUAAAUUGAUCAAAAUGUUAUAAAUCUUUACAGUUGCUUCCCAAAAGGUUUACUAAAAGAAAAUACUCA